CAUUGACUGUGUGAGGGAGAUACGUAGUAUUUUCAUUCUACCUCCAGUUUUCUUGUGAAAUAAGUCAAAAUUCCGCUCCAAGGAAAUGCCAGAAAUGGAACCAGAGCAACGUAUUCAGUCUAUAUUGGAUUACGACAAGUAUCAGCCUUAUUUUCUCGGGCACGACGAAAAUGAGGAGUUUUACGGAGCUACGCAUACACCGUCGCCGAGUGAGGACAUUUGGAAGAAAUUUGAGCUGCUUCCUACACCGCCUCGGAGUCCCGGUAGGCCUGCGCCGAUACCACUGCUCUCUGUCGUCGCAGAAGCCUUACAGCAAGUUUCAGAAACAUUGGACGAUGAUAACCAUACCCAGACAUUCGUGUUUCCAGACCUUUCAAAUUUGAAAUCGAACCUUAUACAGGACUGCAUGUGGAGCGGUGGAAAUAACGGCACUCCAGAAGAAACUACGAAGGGAGAAACUACUCUGCCAGCGGCUAUUGCCGCUUGUUUGACCCCUCCCCCUCUGGAUUACGCCGUUGCUGAAUGUGUCGACCCUACUGCCGUAUUUCCAUACCCUCUGAACGACCCUAAGGAUCAACUUAGCGGACCAUCGCAAUCAGAUUCAGAAGAAGAAAUUGAUGUUGUUACUGUUGCAGAGAAAUUACAACAGCCACCAAAAAGAAAGGUUACAGCGCCAGCUACUCCUGCAUCAAACACCGCCACUACCACUACCAAUACUACAAGUAGUAUCACUUUAAAGCGAGUUAGACCUAGUCAUAACCAUCAUAAUCAUCAUUCAUACUCUACACCAGCCAAGAAAACAAAACAAGAACUGUCCAUGGCAGAGUUGAAAGCACUGAUGCAGCAGUCAAAUGGAGGUCGUCGAACGCCAGGAAACAGCCGACCGGGCAGUCGUUCAAGCAGCAGACCUAGUUCUGAUUCUGAGGACAAUGAUAAGCGUGCCACGCAUAAUGUGCUGGAAAGGAAGAGAAGAAACGAUUUAAAAACAAGUUUUUUGACUCUGAGAGACAAUGUUCCAGAAUUGGAGAAUCAGGAGAGAGCACCAAAAGUUGUAAUUCUUCGCAAAGCCACUGAUCAUAUACAACAAAUCACUGCCGAUGAGCUACUCCUGGUAAAGGACAAAGAGGGCUUAAAAAAGCGAAAUGUUAUUCUUCUGGACAAACUUAACAGACUAAAAAACGAUCUCAACUUUAUGUUGUAUUAGAGCCUGCUUGGAUACAUUUAUACAGAUAAAAUUGUAUAUUUUCAGUUUCAAGUGUUGCGUGAUGUGAUGUGUCGGGGGGGAGAUAACUCACUAGCCAACUUUGUAUAUAUUAUUUGUUAUAUUUCUAACAAAACUGAUAAAAAAUACCUAAUUAUGAUAAAAAAAAAACGUGUUUGCUUUAUCAUUGUAUAAAUUUGUAAAUGAAGAUUUUAUAUAUUUAGUUUAUUAUAAAAAAGCAAAAACACUGCCAUUUUGAAUUCGGUACUGCGAGUGUACUGUUUAGAAAUAACGCUGGUUUGUUUAAAUUACAUGUAGAAACAAGCUGGCUCCCGUUUUGUCCUCUGACCCUUUGUUAACGUUGGUCUUUGUUGCGAGAAAUAUACAUGAAGAAUAAAAUAAGUUUUCUAGCAAGGAUAUUAAAUUGCCGAGCUGGGAUGUCUAAUCUUGUGUUGUAUAUUUAAAUUGUCAAUAAAACUGCAAGUUUGUUUGAAGUUGA